CUCGGUGAGUGACGUCCAGUCCUUCAGAGAAAAGAGACAAAGACAGGAGGAGAAAGUUAAAGAAAACCCUGAAGGCCAUGACCACGAGAUUCCUGUGGAGGCCCCCGUGCCUGCUGGUCCUGCUCUGCACCGUGUCACACUUCUGCUCUGCAGACAACCAGCCGGACCCAUCGGCCAAGGAGCAGGGAGUCACCUUCAGCCACGUCUAUAAAAUUGACAUCCCGGGAAGUCAAAGUUGUAAAUUAGAAAACCUUCCCUCUCAGGAUCAAACAGGUUUGCAGACAGAAACUACAACAAACGGUGAAAAUGACAUAACCUUUAGGCACAACAUCAGACUGCAAAUGCCAAGCUGUGACUGCGCCGAGUCAGAAAGCUUCAAGUCUCUGUUGUACAGAGUUAAUGGACUGGAGGAGGAGGUGAACUACCUGAAGACCCAGUGUAGUCAGGGAUGCUGUGGAGGCGCUGGCGUGGACACGAGCUGCAGUGGCCACGGUACCUACCAGCACAGCACCUGCAGCUGCCUCUGCAACCCCGGAUGGGAAGGCCCGGACUGCUCCACGUCCUCCUGCCCGGACGAGUGCAACGACAACGGCCGGUGCGUGGACGGGAAGUGUGUGUGCCACCAGGGCUUCACGGGAGACGACUGCAGUCAGCCCAUGUGUCCAGACAACUGCAACGACAAGGGACAGUGCGUGGAUGGGAAGUGUGUGUGCUUCCCGCACUUCACGGGCGAGGACUGCAGCGUCCAGAGGUGCCCCAACGACUGCAUCGGUAACGGGCGCUGUGUGGACGGCCAGUGCAUCUGCGACGAAGGCUUUUUUGGAGAGGACUGUUCAUUAGUCUUCGCACCUCAGGGUCUGCGGCUCGUCAAAGUGACUGACGUCUCUCUCCUGGUUGAAUGGAAGUCCGUGCGCGGAGCUGAGUAUUACUUGUUAACAUACCAUCCCAAAGAUGAUGAAGGUGCAAUGGAAACGGUCCGUAUCCCAAACACAGACAACUCCUACCUCAUCACAGGACUGACCCCUGGAGUGACCUACAUUGUCCAGGUCCACGCUGUAAUCAAAGAAACCCGGAGUGAAGCCGACAGGAUUGAAGCCACCACAGAUGUCUCCGUCGUUGACAAUAUCCAAGUCCUGGGCCAGACAGAAGUCUCCAUCCAGGUGGACUGGGAGAACCCACAAGCCGAGGUGGAUUACUUCAGGCUCACACACACUGACCCGACGGGACAGGAAGAGGAGAUGAACGUGAAGAUGAGCCAGGAGGCCCGGACCAAGCACACCAUCGUGGGUCUAUUUCCAGGGACUGAGUACCAGAUUUCAGUCCAGGCUAUCAGAGGAAACACUGAGGGGAAGCCUUCUUCUGUCACUGGUGUCACAGACAUUGACGGGCCGACACAGGUCGUCACCACCGGGGUAACCGAGGACACUGCCACCGUGUCCUGGGAUCGAGUCCAGGCAGAAAUAGACGGCUACAUGUUGAGCUACACGUCCUCUGAGGGAUCCAGCGCAGACAUCCCCGUCGGACGUGACAGGACCUCGUACAUGCUGGUCGGCCUGAGGCCCGGAGUUGUCCACACCGUCUACGUCUGGGCCUACAGAGGAGACAGAGUCAGUGGGAAGAGUUCAACAGAAGCGGAGACAGAACUGGAUGCUCCUGCUAACCUCUUAUCCCGAGAUGAAACAGAGUCCAGCUUCACCGUAUCUUGGGAUCCGGUCCAGGCUAACAUUGAUGGCUACAUCCUAACCUACACCUCCUCUGACGGCUCCAGUGGGGAAAUCCCAGUGGGGCCCCGCAGUACCUCAUACACACUGACCGGCCUCACGCCGGGGCGCCUCUACACUGUCUACAUCUGGGCCACCAAGGGGAACAAAUCCAGCAGGAAGAUCUCAACACAAGCAGAGACAGAACUGGAUGCUCCUGCUAACCUCUUAGCCCGGGACGAGACAGAGUCCAGCUUCGUCGUGUCUUGGGAUCCGGUCCAGGCAGAAAUUGAUGACUACAUCCUGACCUAUAGCUCCAGCGAGGGCUCUAGCCAGGAAAUCCCAGUUGGGUCCGACAGGACCUCUUACACGCUGUCUAGCCUGAGGCCCGGAGUCCUCUACACUGUCUACGUCUGGGCCACCAAGGGGAAUAAAGUCACCAGGAAGAUUUCGACACAAGCUGAGACAGACAUCGACUCUCCGAAGGACCUGAAGGCAACAGAUGUGACGAUGGACUCAGCCACUCUGACUUGGAUCCCGCCGCUGGCUGACAUUGAUGGUUAUAUCCUCACCUACAGAGAUGAAAUGGGCAACAUGGAGACUGUUGAGCAGCAGCUUCGAACCCAUGAAAGCAGCUUCAUUGCUUCCAGUCUGGAGAUGGGGAAGAGGUACAUCGUUACUAUCAUCGCAUACAGAGGCGGCAAGAGGAGCAAGGUGGUGGAGACCAUCUUCAAAACAGUUGGUCUGAAGUACCCCUUCCCCAUGGACUGUCUUCAGAUCAUGAAGAACGGCAACAUGCAGAGCGGUAUUUAUACCAUCUAUGUGAACAACGACCGCUCGAAGCCCAUAGAGGUUUACUGUGACAUGGACACCGAUGGAGGCGGCUGGGUGGUGCUGCAGCGCCGUAAUAUUGGCAAGCUGGACUUUAUGAAACGCUGGAAGCAGUACAUGGCAGGUUUUGGCAACAUGACCGACGAAUUCUGGAUUGGUCUGGAUAAGAUAUACGAGCUCACCAACACUCCCACACGGUACGAAGUGAGGUUCGACUUGGGCCUGGGCUCAGAGAGGGCCUACGCCGUGUACGACGACUUCAAGAUCGCUCCGGUCAAACAGAAGUUCAAGCUCAGCAUUGGCAAAUACAGAGGGACAGCAGGUGAUGCUAUGACCUACCACCAAGGCCGGCCUUGGACGACCAUUGAUUCGGAUAAUGACAUCGCGCUGGGGAACUGCGCCCUGACCCACCGCGGCGCUUGGUGGUACAAAAACUGUCACCUGGCCAAUCUCAACGGCAAGUGGGGCGACAACAGACACAGCCUGGGAGUGAACUGGGAGCCGUGGAAGGGCCACCUAAUGUCCCUCGACUUCACCGAGAUGAAGAUCCGACCGGUGGGAGCCCUGUCCAGCAGGAAGAGGCGAUCGCUGACGGCCAGAGAGAACAGCAGAGACACAAAGCUUCACAAGAAAUAGGCCGUGCGACUCAAUCCAUACAAGUCAU